AGAGGUGCAUGCAAUGGGAGAUAAUAUCAUUGCAAUGCUUCAAGAAACUGAGGUUUUGAAGUACAAAGGAAGAACUAAAGAAGCCGAAGCUUUAUUUAAAGAAGCUAUGAAUCUGAGUGUUGAGAAGAAGAGAACUGAGGAUAGUCUCCGUCCACUCAUUCCAACUGCAGACUUUAUCCAUCAGAGGCUUAAGUUGUGUGAUGUGUGUGGAGGUUACCUCACUAUGACAGACCGAAUGCUCCACUUGCAUUUCACUGGGAAGCUGCACCAGAAAGUUUUGGAAAUCCGAAUGAAACAUGCUGAUCUUCUGGAAAAAAAACUUAGCAGAAUUCCGAUCCCAGCAGAGGAAGAAGCCAAGAUGAUGAAACGAGUUGAGGAGGAAAGAGCCCUGUACUCCAAUGAGACACUUCGAAAGCGCAUAGAGAAGCAGAAGGAAGCUGAAAGAAAGCAUCAGGAAGAGAAAGAAGGCAAAGACCAAAGACAUCAUAGCAGGGAAAGAGAGAGAGGUGAUGACCGUAAGGAAGAUCUUAAAGAUGAAAGGAAGGAGGAUCAUAAAGAUAAUCACAUGGACGAUCGCAAGGAUGACCGAAAGGACGAUCGCAAGGAUGACCGAAAGGACGUUCGCAAGGAUGACCGAAAGGACGAUCACAAGGAUGACCGAAAGGACGAUCGCAAGGAUGACCGAAAGGACGAUCGCAAGGAUGACCGAAAGGACGAUCGCAAAAAGGAAGAUCGCAAGGAAGAUCGCAAGGAUGACCGAAAGGAAGAUCGCAAGGAAGAUCGCAAGGAUGACCGAAAGGACGACCGCAAGGAAGAUCGCAAGGACGACCGCAAGGAAGAUCGCAAGGAUGACCGAAAGGACGAUCGCAAGGAUGACAGAAAAGCAGACCGGAGGGACGAUAGGAAGAGUGAUCGUAGGGAUGACAGGAGAGAUGAUCGGAAGAGUGACCGGAGGGAUGACCUGAAGAGAAGAUCUUCCGCUGAUAGAAAUGAUUCAAAGAGGCGGACUUUAGACAGAGAUGAUCCAAAAAGACUGGAGGCAGACAGGCGAGAAGAACCAAGAAAGCAAGAAGUGGACAAGAAAGAACAGAGAAAGAGAGAGAUGGACAGUAAAGAGAGAAUGAAUCGUGAAAGGUCUCAGAAUUUGGGCGGAAGAAGGGAAGAUAUGAACAGACAGAAAGAAAACACAGGAGCAAGAGGAAGAGGAGCUGGCAGAGGAGGAGGCAAAAAUGCUGGUAGAGGCUCUGGCAGAGGUGCUGAACGUGGUGGUGGAAGAGGUGGUAGAGAAGGCAAAGGACCAGGCCGAGGUGGUAAAGGUGGUGGCCGAGGAAUGGAUAGAGGCAGAGGUGCCAACAGAGGCAUGGGAAACAACAUGAACAGAGACAUGGAGAGCAGAAUGAACAGAGACAGAGGAAUGGAUGGUGGUAGAGGUCGAAGCAUGGCUGGAGGCAGAGGAGGACAGAACCAGCAAAGAGACCUUGGGCAGAUGGAGAGAAGUGGUCAGUUUCAUCAAUGGAAUGAGGAGAAAAGAGAGAGAUGGAGUCAGGGGAAUGACAGUUACUGGGAAAAUGAAACACGGAUGCCUCAAGAACCCCGAUUAGGACGUGUAUCUCAGCAUCCCAUGAAUGAUUCUUUUCAUCAACAUCCUGAAGUUAUGUUUGAACAACGUAUUUUAGAAACUUCUAGGAGCCAACAGGACAUGAGCAGUGGGCCAUUACACCAGCAGCAGCCGGACUCCUCUCUGUACAGGUCUUCCUUCCAAUCAGAGCGUGGAGCUGGGAGUUUGCUGAGGCCAGAUUAUCUUACAAGCGGUUCACAAAUGAAACAAGAUCUGGAUGCACCCAGGUUUACAGGAAGCCGCGAUGGCAACAUGCAGAGAUUUUCUGGAGGCCCUGAUGCUAACAUGCAAAGAUUCACAGGGGGCCCUGAUGCCACUAUGCAAAGAUUCACAGGGGGCCCUGAUGCCGAUAUGCAGCGAUUUACAGGGGGCCCUGAAGCCAAUAGGCAAAGAUUCACCGGUGGCCUUGAUGCCAGUAGGCAAAGAUUCGCAGGGGGCUUUGAUGCCAACAUGCAAAGAUUCACAGGGGGCCCUGAUGCCGAUAUGCAAAGAUACAAGGGGGGCCCUGAUGCCAAUAGGGAAAGAUUCACAGGGGGCCCUGAUGCCGGUAUGCAAAGGUUUGCAGGGGACCGUGCUGCCAGUAUGCAAAGAUGUGCUGGCGGGCCUGACAUCAACAUGCAGAGAUAUGGAGGUGGUCCUGAUUCCAACAUGCAGAGAUAUGCAGAGGGCCCAGAUUCCAACAUGCAAAGAGUUACAGGGGGCCCUGAUUCUAGCAGACAAAGUUCUUCUCUGGAUCUAGAUGAACCACUAGCCAGAUUACUUUUAGAUUUGGAUUCUAUUGUUGGAAGCAUGCCAGAAGAGUCAAAACAGCCUGAACCCAGGUCCCAGAGUAAUGCUUCAAAAUGGGGUCCACCACAGCAUUCCAAUGUGCCACCUCAAGGCACUAAUACUUGGUAUUAGUCAAACUGUUUUGGACUACUGACGUGUUCUACACCCACUAUAUUGCAAGCUUCAGAUCUUCCCUUGAUGGAUGUGCUCAUGGUGUCUUGGAAGUAGCCUGAUCUCUAAAGUACAGUUUGAUGGCUGGAAUGACUUGAAUGUCUGUUGCAGUUACUGUCUUUUCUGCUUCCCUUAAACAAAUCCUAGAAAAUGUAUAAAUGGGGCUGUGAUCCAGCUUUCAGGUGUCAACAAAUCAAGUGUACAUUUGCUCUUGAGCUGGCCGUCUUUUGAACUGUAACUGCAGGUCUGCAGUAUUUAAGUACAUUUGCUACUAGUUAUGGUUUCACUUGCUAGGACUAUUUGCAUCCAAUUUUCAGCAUACGUUAAAUUGUUCUGUUUUUUUACCUCAGUAGCUCUCACACACAUCUUGUAAAGAAUGAAGACAUACCUAGAAGUAAACCCUUAAUGUUCCAACUGAUUCAGUUGGAUAUUUUAAGUUAUGGCUUCUACUUUGUUUUAAUGUAAAAAAAAAGAUUUGCAAAACCCACCUACUUUUGGGUUUUUCACUUAUAAGAAAAUGAUACUAAUUUUGUAGUAUCCAUUGCUGUAGACUUUUUGACUUUGUUUUAUGAGAUAAGCCAGUCUGUAGACUUAAUGGUGAUUGUUUUAUACUAUGUAUCUUUAAAAAAAAAUGUUAAUUGGGAAAUUAAUUUGAAUUUGCAUUAAUAUGCAGAUAUGGAAAAUUAGAAUUCAGCUGUUCUGGCUUGUUGUGUCAUGAAGAAAUUUGUUGUGUCAUGAAGAAAGUGGCUGUCAUAUCCCAUCUACCAGUGCUUUAUGCUAUGACUUUUGGCAGAAUUAAUUUUCUGAUGGAAAGUGUGGUGCCUGCAUUCAUUUUUUCAGUAAUAAGUUCCAAAUGUUUUGUAAAAUUUCAAGGUAACUACGUUAGGGUGACUUUUUUAUUCAGAGUAAAACCAAAAAGUUUUAA